AUGGUGUCUCUACCCCAGUCCUCUGAGGACUGGGAGCGUCUAAAUGCUAAGUCAUGGGAACUGCCAAACUAUGGCCCUGGUCCAGAUUUUGGUCGGGGAACCAUCUACCGCCAGGACUAUGAUGAGUACACGGAAAAUAAACGUCCUGAUUACGGUGAUGAGGAUGAUCUCGAGGAUGGUCGCCCUGCCGACAAAUAUCCACCACACCCCACAAGUUCAACGGUCCCUGUAACUAAUCGGCCCAUCUCAAGUGUACCUGUUGUACCCAAGCGAUCACAGAUUCCAAGUCAGAGUACCUUUCCAACCCAACAUGUUAUUCCUGGACCCAGUGCAGGUCGAGCACAGGCACCGGAGGGACCAAUCUUCAAUGAGCGUGGGCCUAAUACCAGCAGUUCCAAUACGUUCGCACGGCCGCAUUAUUCCGCUCGUGAUCUCAAACCAGGUCAACGUACCCCUCUUGAAGGGGGACAUACUGACACAUCACGACCACAGUUUCAGGCAAAAAAAUGGAGUGCUAUUUCAAAUACUUCGCAAUACAGAGCUAAGAAUCCACCUACCAUGCCAGGGCAAAAUGACUCUCAUUCCAAGGCAAAGUGGCGCAAAGGCUUCUCUCCAGAUGCUUCUUAUCGUCUGCCUUACGAGUGUCAAGUGUUCCAAGAAAAGGUUAGACAAGUAACUACAGGAGAGGCUUCCACCCUCGACUUCCGCCAGAGGAUUAUCGAAGAUACAGGUGCCUAUGUGAGGAUGAGCGCGGGAAACGCCAGACUAGUUCACAUCUGGGGCCGGCAAAAACAGGUUUUGGAGGCCCAGAAUAUGCUCCAAGAUAUGUUGAGUCAAUUGAUGCGGCGGCCGACUUUGCCUAGAGCGUCGGCGUCGCGUUGGACUAAGGUACACGCGCAUUCAGUUACGAAGGUUGCCCAUGCCCGGUCGCAGGAAAGCCUCGAGGAGAGAUUGUCUGAGAUGCGAAAGCCACCGAAAAUUGCCACGGAUUAUACACUUGCUUUCCUCUGGCCGUCGGAUGGCCCCUCGUUGAACUACUUUGUUACUGCCCUGCGCGCAGUCCUCGAUUCCAUUCGCUUGAGUUAUGACGUGAACAUCUACAUCAGGCCUGGUAUCCCGGACUACCUUUUCAUGUCUGGAAACCAUGAGCGGGAUAUGUGCAUCAUUGCAUCUCGAUUCCGAGAGCUGUGGGAGAGGCUAAUGGUCCAAUACGAGAUGGAAAUCAAGCUGUUCCUUGUGGCAGCACCUCCGGUGGAGCUUAUGAGAACCCACGUUAUUCUGCAAAAGUCUGAUGGGUUGUUAAGACCUGCUCUCUGUGGACCGGAACUGGCUCCAGAAGUAGCAGCCACCUGGCAGACCACUGCGGAGGAGGUCAAGCUGAACAACAAAAGCAUCGUCACCACCCGCCUUAGGAAAGCACUACAUGUGAUUCCUCAAUUUCGGGGAUUCCUGCAAAUGCGAGCGAAAUUCGGUUUGUUCACGCUGCAACAGUGGCGCAAGCCGAAAGAUGGCGCUUCUUAUGAGUUCUCAGAGUUUCGCGAGAUGCUUGCCCAUAUGAACACCGAAGGACGUUUGCUCCCGGGAAUCCGGCUGCAGCAAGAUGAGAUCUUCAAGCGUAUCAUGGAAUCAAAAUUCCUUAAACCCUGGGGCAAAGCCAAUAUCAAAUCUCUCCCGAGCCUGAUGCCUAGAUAUUCCGCCAACUUUGAGUACCAAGUGAACGACGAUUCCAUAAUUCGCGUGGAAGCAAAAUUCUCUCUUCUCCUUGGCUCGCAGGAGUUUGAAGUCAACGGAAUCCGUUGUUACAAACCACAGCAGACUAGUGCUCCUGUUGAUCGUCAAAUGCCAAUGCAGAUCAGUAUGAUUGAUUUUGAAAGGUCCGACUGGCAACUUGAGGUGAAAGCUCUUGAGCUCUGCCCUGAAAAGGAGAUUCCCCCCGAGCUAGACAAAUUCUUGCGUUCUAUUGGUUUCCAAUGGAACCCAAAUGUAAAGAGCAUUGCAUCUGCCCCCAAGCGCAAGGCGAGGUUCUCAUAUGGCUCGCCAGUCAAGCGCUUCGUCGAAAAGGCCGCUAUUCAGCUUCAAGUCAAAGACUCGCCGCAUGUAUUUGAACUCGCCCGUUUCGACGAGUACAAGUAUGGGGCUGGUCACUGGUCGAUGACCCCGAAAGUGUCCUGGGGUGCAUCUCUGUUCAAUCCUAGUUGGGAUGAUAUACUAGGUGAACAGGUUGAGGCCAAGGCUCAUGACAUUUCCAAAGACGGGUGCCUGUCGGUAUUCUUUCCCUUCCCUGGGGAUGAUCAGGAACAUACAGACAAGGACAAGCAGAAAAUGGACGAUGAGGUCCUUAAGGAGGCUGAAAUCCGUAAGAUGAACGAGGAAGAGCAGCUGAGUCUUUUCAUGGGCACUGUCCAGAGGAUCGCGCGGAUGCUGUCAAAUCCGGGCGCUGAGAUCUCAGAUGUCCUUGAGACCGAUCUUGGAAGUCUGUUCUAG